AUGCAUGAACCACGCUAUGCAACGACGACAACCGUUGUCGAGACGACCGAGUACAUGGCACCAGACGAAUCUCCGUCAUACGGGGUUGUGGUGCCGAGUGCAGACUGCUCUUACAUUCGGACGCUCGGUGGAAUUAUGAAGUGCGUCUGCAUUGUUCUAUGUUUUCUAUGUUUCCUGUGCGUACUCAUUGGUGGCCCAGGAUACUACACCGGUGCUGGUUGGGCGACAUUCGUCUCAUCUGUCGGACUCUGCAUUAGUACUACGCUCUUGUUUUUGUACGUAUUCCGAGUGGUAGAUGCUCUUCCGCAAAUACCGUGGAUUGUUGGGGAAAUGUGUUUCUACUUCGCAUGGACCAUAUUCUUCUUCAUUGCUGCUUCUGUGCUUGCAGUUGCUGCGGCUCGAUUCACUGCUACCGGUGGGUGGGCAGUAGCGUCGUUCUUCGCCUUUGGUGCUAUGUGCGCUUAUGGAUUUGACUGCUACCUAAAGUUCCUCGCAUGGAAAAAUAACGAGGUAGCGACAGGAGCCGGCACGGACUUCAUUGCCGAAACACGACGGCGUGCUCAAAAUGUAUAG